GAAAGUUUCCCUGCACAUGUCACGGACGCUUCCUUUAAAUUAGCACGCGCGGGCUCUUAUUUCUGCCUCGUCUUUGUUUGCAUGUGCGCCAUAAUACCACGCUGACAUCUCCCGUCCCUAGUUAUUAAUCAGGCAACGCCAGCGCUCUGCUGAACACAGCGCAGCGGCAGGAAUUCCACUUUUAUGAGGGCACGCUUUAAUUCCACGUUGGGAUAAUUAUUGCGUGUGGAUCUGCUUUCUUCUUUAAACACAAGCAGCUUCUUUCCCCUCGCUGCGACGCAGCCGUAAACCAGGCCCUGGUUUGUUCCUCGAGUGAAGGUAUUGUCUGGCUGUUUUGUACCAAAAGGGUUUUUAGUGAGUUAACUCUAAACCUUUGAGGGAAAUUCUAGUCAUACUAGCACAAUUCAGCCAUUUAUACAUUGUCACAAUAUAUAAUCAGAUCCGUCCAGAACGGGUGAGGGGUUCAUCGGCGUGAACGUCAGCUGUGUUGAGCUGUACUAUGUCGUCUGUGCGUUAAUAAAGACACAACAUUCCCCAACUACGUCGUGUGAGUCCAGAUGCGUCCACAGCAGGAGCAAGUAGAACGAAAAAGCAAAGGCCGUACACGUCACAUUGUGCCAGAUGUGCCAGAUGUUUUUAUUGUGCAGUAGAAAAUAUUUGACUUUUUCCCAAUGGAAUCAGGACAAAAACCCAGUAUGGUUUUGAUGAAGAAACAGUGACUCUAACCUAAAUGUGUUUCAAAGCGUCUUCUUCUAAGAAGCCUCAUAUAAGCGCUGGACUGAAAGCUCAAGAGUCCCCAUUGUGAUAUGAAAGCCACAUAAAAACUGAUGCCAGUGAUUUGGAGACAUCCAUCCAAAGGCUGCUUUUAGCGCGCUAAACGCUGGGUACGGCUGUGACAAGAGUGGGGUGCGAGUCGGCUCAGAAAACGAAGGACGUACGCCGUGUUUUAGCGUUUCGUGAGAUCCCGGCGGACUGGAAUUUGACAAAGCGGGUUCAAUGAGAGAGCUGCAGUGUAAAUGGAAACCCGUCCAUCACGCUUCAGCCUGUAGGUUGACUGUGUAGCGGUGGUUCUCAGCACGCCUGAGGAUGCCGGGGCAUCGCUGCCUGAUGGGUGCUUAUAUCUGCUGCAUACUGACAUAUGGACAUCAGACUCCACCUCACCACAAACCCUAAUGGAGCGUUGUGGAGCUGCCCCUCCUUGUUGCACACGCUGUAAGCUCUUUGCUCCACCUCGCUCCAGCAUGCGGCGUUGAUGUGGUGACUUGAAGUUACUGUCUUCACUAACUGUGUGUAGUUCUGAUGUGCCGUACACACACACACACAUACACGCACACACACAGUGACAUGUGACUCCCGAUCAUGGUUCUGAUCUUUUUCCCGACCCACUGUAAGUAGCUGUCUGCAGUCUGCUGUUGAAAGGCCUCUAUUGUUAAGACUGAAGGCGGGCAGCCACAGCAGAUUAAAGUUAUUCAUAAGGAAAUAUAACUAUAUGUUAUUAGGGUGGAGACCCGUUUGGCAGUAUGAAUUAUUUAGACUUGCAGACUUUCGUUAGACAGCGACACUUAGACACAUUUGAAGAGUUCCCAAGUCUGUCUACGACUAAAUAAUGUGAAAUUGUGUUUUUUCCAAUUCACAAUUGAAAGCAGUGUUAUGUACAAGAUAAGGUUGGUCAGCAUCAGGAGGCAGAUACACAUAGAUCAUAUCAUUUCACAUUAAAUUGGCUUGUGUUGAGCAGCUGACGACUAGGAAGGGCCACAGACACACAAGUCCCUGUAAUAAGAUGUGAAUACCACCAAAAAGCUCCGAAGCCACACUCGAAGGUCGUCAGAGACUCGGCUCAAACCUGUUAAUAAGAAACACAAAACCUAUGCGGAUUAAAAGUCAUGUGGGGCCCAGCGGGUUAUGUAAGUGGUUACAGCACACGAGCGCAGCAGGGGCUGCGACGCACAAACAACUUGUUGCAAUAUUCCCAAUCAUGCCAGCAGAAGUACUUUGUGACACAAUAGCAAGCGUUGUUCGUCCAUUGGCCCGCGGGCCACACAGAUUACAGGGUUCCUCCUGUUAUAUUCCAAGCCAGCGGGUUGGACGAGUACUGCAGCUCCAGACCCGGGAGCUUGUACUGAGCCGGCACCGUUUCUGAUGAUCCACCAUUUGGGUCCUGUCACGAAGGCACGGCUCAGUUCCUGCUGAAGCGUUCUACUUCCUCAUCCAGUCCCGAGUUUCCUGCUUUCUCGAGAGGCCCCAGAGUGAUAGCAGAUGUUAUUGCAGUGGUCGACCUCGGUUUCACUGGGCUCAUCCAGUUUCAGGCUCAGCACAAUGUGGCGUCCGUCCUAAUAACUCCCACCAUGUGAGUCACGUUCAUUGCGAUGGUUCCGCGCCUCCAGAUCUCGCCUCUCGGCCGGUUCCACCAGCUGGAGGUGGACGGUUCAUGGCUGCAACUGUGGAGCACGUCUCGCAUUCCUGGUGGAGUCCUCCAACUGAAGCUGUCAGACAGCCAGGCCAUAACACGGCAGGUUUUCAGCCUCUCAGCUGGCCCUUGCUGUCAGGCUGGAGGAACACUUGCACAAUCCUUGGCUGUGAUCACGCAAUCCCACCCCUUGAUUAAACACACCCAAAUUAGCUAUGUGGGGAACUUCUGUGCCGACCCGCCUGCUCCUCAGCAGCUGAGCAUUCAGAUGCGUGCUCCUCAGCCCCCCACAGCGUUUGUUCAGGGGGAUCAGGCUAUUGGAGAAAUUUUGGUUGCAAAGUAAUGUGAUGCAGCUAAUACUUAUUUUCUGUUGCCUGUUAGUAUUUAUUAUACAUUUGAUAUGAAAGUUUCAGUUUAGUCUUAAUUUUGCUAAACAGUCAGUCAAGCCAUCAGAAACACUUCAUUUUCCCCAGAGGAUGAACCGCUCAGACUUUGGUGAUUCUUUGACUUGCUGAAUUUCAAUGACUUCAUUACUUAAUGACCUAAGAAGCUUAACCUAUGGUGUGAAUAUAGUCAAUUGGCUGUCAUCUGGAAAACAUCAGCACCUUAGCAUGCGCCACACACAGCUUGUCCUGUUGACAUUGUUGGGUUUGUUUUUACUGCUAAACAAAUAGCUAGGGAGCGUUGGGGGGUUUGGAGGCCUCUGGGGAUUCAGUCAUUUAGACACAUAGCUCUGUUUCUACUUUCUACCAUCAUUCACUAUGAAGGCAAAUACUUGGCACCCAUCUUAAAGCAAACACUUAGGAUCGAGCAGUUUCCCUGGUGCUCGCAGCCAUCUUUAUGCAGCCUCCUUUUCUGUCUGCAUGGUUUCCUCUGGGUGCCACUAGAGGUCACAGCAUGGGCCUCAGGGGCUUUGUCUUGCCCCAUAAUGGCUCUAUUCUCCCACAGCAGCAAGGACUUCCAAAUCUGCUGGACAUAGGACACCAUUGUGAGUCACAUCAGAGUAACAUGAGGCGAACCAGAAGCACCAAGUGUCCUUGGGUGUGCAUGUUCAAGAAAAUGCAGUGUGUUCAGACACGACUUAGUUGACAUGCAUAGCGAUAAGACAGAAGAGCUGCCGAGAGCUGGGAGGCUGCAGCAGGUGUUUCGUGCAUUCGAAGCAGCCACGUGGCCUCGUGCUGCGUUCAGGCGAUCUGCAUGUGUUGUCAGGCAAAGUGAGACGACGCCUGAGGAAAACCCGCCUAUGCUAUUUCUCAGUUUCACCCAAGAUACCUUAAUAUUCCGAACGUACUCGUACUCGGUUGACAUAUUAACAGUUCCACUUGGAAAAAUAGUAAAAGAAAGUUCUGCUCCUCUCAGAUGACUGAAUCAACACCAGCGGAGUCAGGCAGAUUACAGUAACACCCAAACCAGAGGGAAACACAAACCCAUAACAGCCAAGUUCCUGCUUCAUUUGCUAUGGACUUCAGAUAACACCCGUAGAGGUUCCAGCCUUCUCCCACACUCCAAUCAGGCAGGAUGGAUCCCACCGGGUUGACCUCUGAAGGGGUGGGGGCCGAGGCCGAUUCCUGUAGUUUGGAGAUAGAGAGGAAGUAUGACGUCAUCCCCUCUGUCAUCUGCUCCAUGUGUUGCCUGUUCGGCAUCAUCUACUGCUUCUUUGGUUACCGCUGCUUUAAGGCUGUGAUGUUUCUGUCGGGCCUCAUGUUCGGCUCCGUCAUCAUUUUCCUGCUGUGCCAUAAGGAGCACGUGCUGGACACCCAGCUGAGCGUGGAGGCCAGCGCCGGCAUCGGCCUCAGCAUCGGCCUGCUGUGCGGCCUGGUCACGAUGUUGGUGCGCAGCGUGGGCCUGUUCAUGACGGGCCUGCUGCUGGGCCUCCUUCUGGCGCUUGCCGCCCUGCUGGUCACCCACCAGUUCUACACGCCCACCACCGUGUGGGUGCCGCUGGGCGCUCUGGUGGGGACGGGAAUGCUGUUCGCCGUGCUCACGCUGCAGUGGCAGAAGCUCUUCACCGUGCUCUCCACCGCGGUGUUCGGAGCGGCCAUCAUGACCGUGUGCGCCGACUACUUCGUGGAGAUGCUGACGCUGGGUGAGCGUGUGUACGAGUGCCUGCGCCUCUCGCCCGGGCCACCUCUGUGCUGGUACAGCUGGGUCAUCCUGGGCAUCUGGCCAGCUCUCAGCCUCAUAGGAGUGCUGGUCCAGUGGAAACUGACAGAUAACAGCUUCUCGCACACUGAGGUUGUUAUCAGUCGGAGACAGAAGAGGCUCCAGCUGAUGCGAAUUCGAGAGAAGGACGCCAAGAAACGACAGCAGGCAGGUGGGCAGGAAGGCACAUACCGCCGUAAACCCACCCCAGUGAAACGUUACGCUGGCGAUCUACUGGCGCCGAGUUACCUGCAAAGUCUGCGGGACAGACAGACAGGCACAGGCACUUCCCUUAGCAGCAUGGGCACCGCCAACCACACCACCGUGGACCUGGACUACGACACCGGCUCCACGGUGCCCCUCACCCGUACAACCCCUGUCGUCAGCGUCUGAGCAGCGCGGUGAUGAGAAGGGAAGAGUGGAACUGUUGCUGUUCUACGAGUGUUGCUUAGUGGAGAAGAGGAACAGGCGACGGCCGGUGAACUCUAUAACCACUGCAACCAUGUUCCUCAGAGAAUCACGAAGGACCCAUACUAACAAAGUAACAGCAGAAGGGAGCCUCAUAAAUAGGCAGUAGACAAAUGAUGAAACGUGAAACUCGUUUCACAUUAUAUGUGCUGUACCUGCAGAGUUAGUGACCGUCGAGGUGUUGUUUCCAUGUUUGACCGCGAGCUCGAAUGUUCCGUAGUUCUGUGCAUUCUGUGGAUGACGUUUGUGGGGUGAAGCAAAGCAGCUGAUGCAAAUGAACAGUUUGCAUUUAAAUGCUGUUUCCUGCAGCUUCCAUGAGGCUCUUUUCCUGCAGCCGUCUAUUAAUUCUGUGACUUUUUUUUCUGUUUCUGCGAUGUAGCUCCUGUCGGACAACAGUAGGCAAAGAAUAUAUACAGUAGCGUGGAGUCAAUCUAAUUUAUGUAGCGUUGAAAAAUGCACAAAAAUAAAGCAUGUUUGUUGUUUGUGUAGAUUUCUGAAAUAAUUAUCCACAUUGUUUGAAUUUUGCAGGGACCCAUUCCCUGUCUUUGUACAUACCUGUUGAUAGAAAUUUCCAAUAUAAAUAAAGGUGUUUGAUACGGAAGCAGCUUCUA